AUGUUUGAAGACAUGGCACAGAUGACAGGUGACUUCUCGCGCCAUUGCUCUCUUCCUAGCGUUCGCUCUUUGUCUUCCAAUGGUGCUGGUGCAGUGGACAUGAGCGAUGACCGCCGGUUACCCCCUCUCCCACGCGUCGAGCCCCUUCCCCGGGGCCCAUUCAACCCAUUCAACGCCAGAACCUUUGCUCCCAGCCCGUCGACUUCUCAAGAUGCCUUCCCGGUCAAGUCAUCCUGGCCAACACCGGAGACCCUGGUGGCCCCUCCCUCGCCCGCAAACUCUCAGGACAGCACUUGGCAAGACUCGUUUUCUUCCCAGAAGACCAUGGAGUGGCCUAGUGAUCUUUCCCAGAACGAACUCGUGACCCUUAUCGCCCCCCGAAACAUCAACCGCAAGCCCCCCUUGCAGCAGCUCUGCGGACGCAAGCGCAAGGGGAGCAUGAUCUCCACUGAUCCCGAUGACCAGCGGGAGAAGCACCGUAUCGCCGAAGGCAACCGCCGCAAGAACCUGAGUCAGCUGCACCGCGAAUUGGACAGCCGUAUCCAUGACUUUUUCCUCGAGCGCGCCGGAUGGAACCCGGGCAAAAGCCUCCCGCAGUCCAAGGAACACAUUGUGCAGGGUGCCAUCUACCUCAUCGACUUUAUGCUUCUCAUCAUCAUCCACCUCAUCCGCCAGGAGGAUGAGAUGCCCCAGCACCUUUCGGAGAAGCUUCAACCACAGGUCCGCUGCAUGCAGCUCCAGCAACUGGUCUCCAGCCUGCAGCAGCAGAACCAGAGCGUGCAAGCACAGCUCAAGACCAUCAAGCAGGAGAAGCAGAUGCUCGAGGAGCGCAACCAGGCACUCGAGUACCAACUCAAGGCCUACGAGAAUGUCUUUCGCGUCCCCAAGAGCGAGACCAACAGCCCCCAGAUGUUGGUUCCUCACCCCGACACCACGGCCAACACCAACAAGCCCAAGAACCUGCUCCCAGGCUUGCGCGUCUUCUGCGAUGAGAUCGCCACCGGCAGUCCCGAGGCUUCACGCUUUGACGGUAUUCCCAUUAGUGGGCCGCUGUCCUUUGGAGGCCGCUCCUAUCUGAGUAGCACCCCGCCUACAACAGGGCCUUCGUCCCCGGUGCACUCGUACUCGGUUCCCACCUCGCAGCGGGAGUCUAUAAUGCCUUCGCCGUAG